AAACUAGAGUAAGGCAGAUCUCUCUACAAAUCGUCAGAUAUUAUUCCGAGAGUCUAACGUAUCGAUAUUUUCGUCAUUCUAACACAAACUACCAGACUGACCCGGGAUUUAGGCAAUUUACGACUACGCUUUCAAACAGUGCGGAUCGGAAAUUAUCAUAGUUUUAGACACAGCAGACGAGAAUGGGUCGAGCAGUUCAAGAAGUGGAUUCUAUAUGGAGGGCGAUCAACCCUUGGGGGAAAUUUCAAUUGUUUCAACUAUUUCUAAAUCUUUUGGAUUUUUCACCGGCUUGUUUUGCCAUUCUAAGCGCCGUCUUUACUGGCUAUAUACCCGACUACAGUUGCGAUGUGCCAGAGUUAGGUGAUAAUGAUACGUCACUGCAUGAUAAUUUCACGUACAAGGCGUCUCAGUGUAGUUAUGACGUCUACAAACACGUGGGGAAUGCGUCAAUGUUUGUAGAAACGAGGAAAUGUGAAAAAUUCAAGUUUUCAUAUGAACUGUCUUACGCUUAUGAGUGGAAUUUAGUGUGCGAUCGAGCAAAUCUAGCCGCCUUGGCACAGUCCUUGGCACUUGCGGGACAGGGACUUGGUGCCCUUGUGAUGUCGCACUUGGCUGACAGAUUUGGCAGAAAGACUGUGCACGUGCUCUCACAUCUGGGCGUCAUGGUUACGAUGAUCAUUAUGGCUUUCUCAUACAAUAUAGUCAUGUUACUCGCACUCAGACUUGUUGCAGGCACAUUUCAGCAGGGUAUUGUUUGCACUGGGAAGAUCCUCGCACUGGAGAUGUUUCCACGUGAGGUACGUUCACAUACAGAGGUCGCCACCUUUCUGUCAUGGUCUGUUGGAAUCAUGGUGUUGACUGUGUUCGGAUACGCGUUCCAGGGACUUGACUGGCGUUAUCUACAGCUGGGCUUAGCUGCUUUCUCCAUAUAUGCCCUGUUUGAGUGGUGGAUGCUCGAGGAAUCAAUCCGAUGGCUAAUUUCCAAUGGGAAAGUCGAAACAGCGAAGCGAAUUUUAAGAAAAGCCACUAGAUGGAACGGUGUAGACUACAAACCGACCGAGGAAAUCAUGGACCAAUGUGUUCAAGCCCCAUCAGUCGAAUCUGACAGGUCCGAUUCCAGUGAUACAGAGAUGGAUACAUUUGGCAACAAGAAAGAAACAUUAUUAGGUGAGGAGAAACCAAAACCCGACAACGUCGAAAAAUGUAGCAAAACUGUUGAAAAAUACACAGUCGUGGACAUUCUUAAAAAUCCAGCUCUCCGGGUGAACACGAUCAUCUUGUGGUACUCAUGGAUUGUUGCCACUGGGACUUACUACGGACUAACGCUCGUGUCAUCCCACUUGGCUGGGGAUCGAUUCGUCAAUUUCUUCCUGAGUGGGGUGAUUGAGGUGCCUCCUCUUCUAUUGGAGAUUUAUCUCUUCAACAAGAUCGGACGUAAGAAUACGAUGAUCUUAUGGUUCGCAACUGCCGGGUUGUCCCUGAUUAUUUCGACAACGCUGCUCACGGUGUUUGAGGAUAAUGCCUGGGAGACAGUGGCUAACAUAUUUUCUCUAAUUGGCAAGGCGGCCAGCACCGGUUCGUUUAGUACCGUGUUCUUGUACACUCCAGAGAUAUAUCCAACAAAUUACAGAAAUAGCGGUCUCGGAAUCGCAUCAUCAAUAUCUCGCAUUGGCGGAAUUUUAGCACCCUUUGUUAGCAAUUUGGCGUUGAUAGCGUUAUGGAUUCCUGGUGCAAUAUUUGGUGGGAUGUGUUUACUGGUUGUCGUUCUUGCAUUACGACUUCCGGAAAGCGCCACUCACGAGCUUCCGUCGACGAUUGCCGAGUGUGAUAAAUGGGAACGUGAUACUGUGUCGUCAUCAGACGCUACUCAUGACUCUUCAUCCGAGGAGGGAGAAAAGCUUCAUUGACGUCGACCAUAUUAAAAACAAUGAUAUAUUGAUAGAAAAUUUUGGAUAGACAAUUUUCUUUUGAAUUUUUGAUAUACACAUGUACACUUGACAUAUGCAAAAAGGAUGUGAAUGGAGCAAGUUUUAUAAAUAUUUUUUUUUAUUGAAAAUGAACUUUUCUAAAUGUGUUUUAAAAUAAUAUUAAACAAUCAUAAUGAUCAGUAUUAUCACUGCAAGUUCUGGGGUUUCAUGGGGUUUCAUUAAACGGAAAAGUAAAUAUUAUUAUUCCUAUGGGAUUUCGCGUUUUAAAACCAGUAUUUAAUGAUUUA